AUAAAGGUUAAGAUAUUCUAAUGGAGACAUAAGGUUUUCCUUUUUAUUUUAUUUAGAUUUGAACCCCACCCAAGUGUUCUCUCUCACACAAAUACGAAUUGCUAAUUACUAAACUGAGACUCUUUUAUGCAUCCAGAAACCCAUCGAGCAUCCUGUGAACUAUUGUCCUCAGGCACGUGUGAAUGAUCCUGUCUUUGCAUCCACUUUAAUUCCUUUUGAAGACAAUGUAACAGCCAUUGACAUCUCUAGCACAGGAAAUGAUGUCAUUAGGCUCCUCCCACCCCUCACCUGAACAGAGGGGUAGGGCCAGACUGAAGUCGUCUGUACAGACAGGAAAAAAAACAAGGAACCAUUCACAACCUGUUUGUCUUUGACGGAAAACCUUUUUAUGUGAAAAAGACUAUCCAGAUUGCACAGGAUCGUAUUAAACAACUUGAAAAAUGGACGUCCCAGAAAAUUCCCCAGGGAUUAUGGGACUUCUGAAAACUUUUGACGCUUCAGAGUUUGGGAGUUGGGAAAAGAUUGGCUCCGGCGGCUUCGGACAGGUGUACAAAGUACGACAUAUACAAUGGAAAACAUGGUUGGCGAUCAAGUGCCCUCCUAGCCUUCAUUCAGAUGAAAAGGAGCGUGCCGAACUUUUAGAGGAGGCCAAAAAGAUGGAGGCGGCUAAGUUCCGCUACAUCCUCCCCGUAUACGGCAUCUGCAGCGAUCCCCAGGGACUGGUGAUGGAAUACAUGGAGACGGGCUCUCUGGAAACUCUGCUGGCCUCGGAGCCACUGCCCUGGGAGCUGCGUUUCCGUAUCAUCCACGAGACGGCGGUGGGGAUGAACUUCCUGCACUGCAUGAACCCGCCCCUCCUUCAUCUCGACCUUAAACCUGCCAACAUCCUGCUGGAUGCGCACUACCACAUCAAGAUUUCUGACUUCGGCCUGGCGAGGUGGAACGGCUUUGCCAGGAACGAUGAUAUUAGCCGUGAUGGGUUUUGUGGCACCAUCGCCUACCUUCCUCCAGAGAGAAUCAUAGAAAAAGACAGAAUCUCUGACACUAAACACGAUGUGUACAGUUUUUCGAUUGUUAUCUGGGGAAUCCUCACUCAGAAGAAGCCAUAUCAAGGAGAGAAUAACAUCCUGCACAUAAUGGUGAAGGUGGUAAAGGGCGUUCGUCCAGAUCUCAGCAUUAUUCCUCGCAGUCGUCCUCAGGCCUGCUCAGGCUUCCUGUCCCUUAUGCAGAAAUGCUGGGCACAUUCCCCUGAAGCCAGACCCAGUUUUCAAGAGAUCACUUCAGAGGCUGAGGAGUUGUGCACCAAACCUCAUGACGAGUCCAGAGCUUCCGUUUCUUCAGAACCAGACUGUUCCCUUUGCCCUGCCCCAACCUCGAGUGAACAGACUAACAACCAAAAGCCGGUGAGGCCGAAGUCAGCCAUGUUACCUGAGAAAGACUACAGCCUGUCUGAGCUGCUGUCUCAGAUUGACUCCGGCUUGUCUCGCAGUUUUAGCAAUGUCAAAGAAGAGUCCCUUGAGAGCAAAGACAACACCAGCAAGAGACUGUCAGGCAUCUCCUCCGUGGACUCGGCUUUCUCGUCCCAAGGCUCAAUUACAUUGUCCUUUGAAAAAGAAAAUGCUGUGAAUGACUCCAGUGAGAUACAGAAGAAGAAGCUUUGUGAAGCCAUUCGCAUUGAGGACAUUGCCAAACUGAUGAAGAUCCUCCAACCACAAGAUGUUGACUUGCUCUUGGAGGGCGGCAGCAACCUGCUCCACUUCGCAGUGAAUCUGGCCAAUGAAGAAGCAGUUAUUUUGCUACUUAGUAACUGCAACCCUAAUUUGCCCAAUAUUCACGGAGCCACACCCCUCCACCUGGCCGCGGAAAAGCGACUGAAGGGAGUGUCUGAGAUUCUCCUGAGCCGCAAAACAACAAAUGUCAACGCCAAGGACGAGGACCAGUACACACCUCUACACUUCGCAGCCCAGAACGGCGACGAGGCCCUGACCCGUUUACUCCUAGACCGCUGUGCUUCCAUUAAUGAAAUAGAUGCUCAGGGACGUACGCCAACGCAUAUCGCCUGCCACCAUGGACAGGAGAACGUGGUGAGGGUCUUGCUAAGUCGUGGAGCUGACGUCCAUGUGAAAGGUAAAGAUGACUGGACGGCGCUACAUCUGGCUGCCUGGAAAGGCCAUUUGGGAAUUGUGAAGCUCCUGGUUAAGCAGGCAGGUGCCGAUGUCGAUGGUCAGACGUUGGAUGGGCGCACUCCGCUCCAUCUGGCGUCUCAAAGGGGCCAGUACCGGGUGGCACGGAUCUUGGUGGAGCUUGGCGCUAAUGUGCAUCUCACCUCUGAUGGCCUCCACACUCCGCUUCACGUGGCUGCAGACACCGGCCACACCAGCACUUCAAGGUUGCUUGUGAAACAUGGCGCCGAUAUCCACAGCCGGACUGCCAACGGCUGCACCGCCUUGCACCUGGCCGCACAGAAAGGCCACCUACCGACGGUAAAAAUGCUUCUGGCGGAGGGUGCUGACCCUGAGAGCACCAACUACGGCCUUCGCACGGCAUGUCACCUGGCUGCCGAGAGCGGCUACUGCGAGGUCCUCAAAGAGCUUCUGCAGAGCUGCCCCGACGUCGCCAACACUCAAGACCGAAAUGGAUUCACUCCGCUUCACCUGGCUGUACGCGGUAGCUACAAAGAAGCCAUCUGCGUCCUGCUCGAACGUGGAGCAGAUGCAGCACCGCUGUCUCCACAGCCCACCGGAGAACAUUCACUAGACUACACGUCGGAAUCGGAGCCGGAGAGUCCGAAUCCUCUCACUCCAACAAAGCUCCUGAGGAAAGUAGUCGUUCUGAAACUCACCACCCACAAAAACACUGAUGGCACACUGAUCCCUGUAGACUCUCCGUGUGAAUCGGCACUUUGUUGAGGGUCCUAGUGGGGUUUGACCUCAUGGACUUUAGGAACCCUUGCAAAUAUGCUCAUAGACACUUUAUUCCUCUUUUUUCAUUCCUACAUUGUAAAAACUGACAGAUGCUGGACUUGUUAUCCAUUGGGAUUUAAUGUACAUAUUGUAAGUACUCAUUUAUCAGAAUAUUGACAGAUAUUUCCUCCAGGGUUUGGGAUCUCAUUAGCUUUCCUCCUUAAUAAUAGAGUUAUUUUGUGAUUGGAAAUGCAUUUAUGUGUAUAUAUAGGUACUGUAGAUAGAGCCUGGAUAUUGUACUUCAUUUCACUUCACUUGUUUUUGAUGUAUGUCUUUGAUUUCAUCGUUUUCUUCUUGUUGUUGCUACCAGAAUGUAAUAAGUUGAUUAAGCUUCCUUGUCAUUUCCCUUUUGUACACAAAAAAGAUAUCUCUCAUUUAUCCAUAGUGUUUGCACAGUUUUAUAUUUGCACACUUUUAUAUUUGAUGGAAAAUUAAAGUGCAUCACAGAUAUGAAAUAUUUGUUGUUUGUUGUUGCAUUUUUGGCUGAUUUUCUUAAGUCAGUCUUAAUUAUCUUCUUUUUCCCAAAACUAAAUUGUGACCUUUAUUUGAAUUAACUGAAUGUGUUGUGCUCCAUAAAUGUACUUUCAACCGACGAAAUAGACUUGGUUUUAAUGUCAGGAAGUCUGCAACGUCCAUCACAGGAAAAACAACAGAAUGCAGUGGUGAUCGAUGUAGUGCAAGCAACCCCGUAAUUGUUUAGACAUUUCUGUUGUAGCAUAUUAUUAUUAAAAUAAGCUUACCCUAUAUCAGCUUAAUAUUGCACUUCAAAGCUAUAAUUUAAACAGAAAUGGUAACGCUCUGAGGCCAAUUAUAUAAUUAAAAUGGUGCACUCGAAAAGAGAUGUGCAUUUAUAGAGCCAUUUGGCUUGUUCCAUGGGAAUGUGCCCUCAGGAGGAUCACAGGUGUGGGUAGACGUAUGGGGGGGUAUAUCCCAUGUACCCUCAUGUUCAAGCCACUGGCUCAUUCCUGAGACCACUUUAUCUUUUCAUCGCUCUGUAAAACCACUGCGCCGAGCCCUGUUUUAUGCCAAGGUGGGCGUAGCCGUCAUUACCCUUCACUGUCUGGAACAGACAGCCUCUUAAUGGCUAGGUCUUUAAACUGCUGUUGAACUCUGGGUCUUUUGGAUGUGAUUCUGUGUUGUUGUUAGCAUCCAUGCAUCUGCAUCUGUAUAAACGAAAUAUUCCAUAGCAAACCAGUCAGUAAUCCAACGCCAACACCCUUUUCAGGUUUAAUUUUGUAAUAAGUUGAUAAAGCUUCCUUGUCAUUUCCCUUUUGUACAUAUCAUUACAUUAUCCAUAGUGUUUGCACAGUUUUAUAUUUGCACACUUUUAUAU